CUAACUAAUACCUAGCCCAGAACUCUUUGCUACAUUAUCACAAUUAUUUAACAUACUUCUAUUAUUAUUAGUUAUUGUUAUACUAAUGGGUUCCUAUCACUCCAGAUGAAUAAAAUCACAAUUACAAAGUUCGAAUUUAAGGCUUUAAAGUUUAAUCAAUAGUGUCAUCUUUAAAUUAAACUCUAUUAUAACUACUAUUUGUGUAGUUUGCAAUACGUGGCAUAAGACUUUUAAAUCAAUUACGUGAUACGAACAAAGACAUAUACAUCGAAUUGUGCUUUUUAAGGACCAAGGAUAGAACCAUUGUGAAUUGUGAUAAGUAAUUGUCCUUAAUCGCAUACACUGUGAUAUGAAUAGGUAGGAUGCAUUGGGUCAGACCUGCUCCUAAAUGUGUUGGCCUUUUUCCAUGAUUUGAGUUUAGUACUUGACUUGUCCUUUUCAUUAAUUUUUAUAAUACUUCUUCUUUUUGAAAGUCACUAAUUAUUUUUUGCUUGGAUUUCAUUUUAUUCAUGUGGAUUCUAAAGAAGAUUAAAGAGUCGACAAAUAUGGAAAUAUCUCUUACCCAAGUGGCAAAAAAAAGCAAACUUGUGAACCAAGUACCAACACCAUCUCACGUCGACUUUCUUAAUUUAAAUGUGGAUCAUGGCUUUCCAUUGCAUUCGACUAAAGCAAAGAUAAUUUUGGAAGCGGCUCGCUGGUAUACAUUGCAAACAUCAUUGAAGAGAACAUACAAAGAACCCAAUUAUGAGAGGGAUGCUUGUGAAAGUAUUGCUAACUUCACAUCUUUUGCUAAACACACCAGGUCUUAUUUAACCUUUGCUCAGAUAUACGUAACAUUGAAGAAUGCGAAUGAGAUGUUUAACGCAUAUUGUACAAUAAUGAAAGCCGGUGGUGAUAAUGUGGUUUAUGAUUUGAACACCGGUCAUCCUUAUCCGGCUAAUCCCAAGUUUGAAUCGGUAAGUUGAUUAUUGCAAAUGGACAUUUAUUUAUCACUUAAUUUUUCUCUAUGCUUCAUAUUAUUUAAUUUGUAAUAUUUUCAUGUGAAAAAUUUACAGUUAACGGGCUUCAAUUAUAAGCAAACAACACUGUCAUGUGAUUGGCAGAUUUGAGCUUUUAAAGGAAUGUUUUGAUUAUACAUGACAAAAACAUUUUUGUACGAGAGUUGUAGAUGGAGCACAUAUCCUACGCCACAGGACUUGAUUGUAUCCCUACCACACUUUUAUGAUCAAAUUAGAGGUUGUCACUUCCAUACCUAAGUUGAUUUUGUACUUCAUCUACUAAUUUUUUUUAUGUUCACUAACUUUCUUCUUCUUCUUCUUCUUCUUCUUAGCUUCUUAGCUUUUGUCCUUUCUGCUCAAAGAAAGAAUAUUCUUCUUCGACACUUCUAUCCGCAAACGAGAACCUCAUUUUUUCUGGUUCCCAAGCCACUCCAGUUAGCUUGUUGGAUAGAAUGGGAGAUGGUUUGUGCACAAUGUGUUUUCUUAACAUGACUACUCUUAUAUUGUUAUUACUUGGACAUUUUAGUUUCUGUUAAACUUUGAACUAGGGGUGGACUCGGGCCGGGCGGCCCGACCCGGAACCGGCCCGGGGCCCGGUGGGUCCAUCGGUUCGGUUUGGCCCGGCCCGGGUGAUGAGCGGUCCGGGCUCGGGCCCUGCUUUAGGUGAACCGGCCCGGCCGGUUCGGGCCGGUCCGGGCCGGAUUUUAAUUUUUUUUUUUUUUGAAAUUUUUUUAAGUUUUGGGUUGGAUUAGGUAUUUUAGGCCAUUUGAGGUAGUUUGGGAUGGAGGGGGAGGGGUAGGGAGUUAAAUAAGAGAACAAAGAAAAAAGGGCCGGUUUGGCCCGGCCCAGCCCGGCCCGGUUUGGCCCGGAACCGGAACCGGCCACCGGCGGUUCGGGCCCCAGUUUUCUGGCCCGAGGCCCGGCCGGGCCCAGGCCCGAACCGGCCCGGGUCCACCCCUACUUUGAACUUUGUCAUUCUACAUUUACUAGUUUUUUAUGAUCAAAACUAGUUUUUUUAAUAUAAUAUAUAUUACUUAUUUAAGUGGCUAUAAAUAAAUUAUUCUGAAAAUGAAAAUUUUUUCACUAUAACAUUAAUUUGAAUCAACAUAUUUUAGUAUAGGACUAUAGGUGUUGAAACAAUAGAUUGGAAUUUGGAAAUGGUAGAAUAGACUGAAUAGUUUAUUUAAUCAUUUUCCUUAACAGUAAUGAUGAUAAUCAGAAUUGUUAUAAUAAAAUGGAUCAUGAUAAUAGUGGAAAUUACAUAAAUAUAACUACUUUAAACCCCACUAACAAAAAUAUGACUAUUUACCCUAUUUUUACUCCCAUGGUGCCGUAUGAGUUCCUCAUUAAUAGUCAUAUUUUUGUAACCCCAAAUAUUUUUGAUAAUAUUCAUGUAAAAAACUCAUAAUAGUGGCCUAAUAAUAAAUAAUAAUUUUUCCACUUUUAAUUAUAUCGUCAUUCUUAAGUACGUAAUAUAACUUGCUAUUAUAAAUGGACUUGUGGCAAUAUUCAAAUAGAAAACGGACGUUUAACAUUUUAACUUAAUAAGACUUACGAAAAAAACUUAAUAAAACUUUUGCAUGGAUUAUAAUUAGACUUGUCCUCGGG